AAUAUUACUAACUAAAUGUAAUAAUUACGCAUAGUCACACUGAGCAAGAAAAGCUGUGACGUCAUACACGUGCGACGCAUUGACUCCCCCGGAGAGGGACAGGAGCACUUCGGAGAAAGCUUGCCAUUAGUUUCUUGUCUUAUUUUGGACAGCGAAAAGGUAGGAUGUGACCGAGAGGUGAAAGAGAAAUUCUGGAAGGAGCUAGACGAAGUAGUUCUGAGCAUCCCAGACAGAGAGAGAGAGAGAGUCGUGAUUGGUGCAGAUUGUAAUGGACAUGUUGAAGGAAACGGGUGAUGAAGUGAUGGACAUGUCAUUUUUUAGUAGUGAUCCCAACUUCUGUCCAGAGUGUGGGAAUGCUCUUCCUCUACCAGGGAUGGAAGACAUUAUCCGCUGUCCCCGCUGCAAAUUUGCCACUUCGAUAUCAGAGUUUUCAGGCCGGGAAAUUCGCUCGACAGUCGUCUUUAAUCCAGUGAACAAGUCUACUGUGGUUCUGGAGGGCAGUGACGACUCUGACAUGAAGGGUCCUGUGAUCGACAGACGCUGCUCUCGCUGCAAUAAAGAAGGCAUGCUUUAUCACACCAGGCAGAUGAGAUCUGCAGAUGAAGGCCAGACUGUCUUUUUCACUUGCAUACAUUGCAGGUAUCAAGAGAAGGAGGACUCCUGAGAGGAUUUCCAUGUGGCUGCUCUGCUUUUUUUUUUUUUUUUUUUUUUUAAUACCCCAUUGGGUCCUCAUCUUUUUUUAAUUCAGGUUUAUCCCGUUAGGUGUCGCCACAGCGCAUCAUCCUUUUCCAUGUAAGCCUAUCUUCUGCAUUCUCGUCUCUAACACCAACUGCCCUCUUGCUUCCUCACUACAUCUAUCAACCUUCCUUCCUCGACCUCUUUCCUGGCAGCUCCAUCAUAAAAAAUGUAAAAUACGUGAUUUAAUUUAAGAACCAACACCUCUUGGCCCACAUCAAGUCUCUGCAUUGUUGAACAAUUGAAUUUUAUUUCUCACACAUCCAUUUAAAAAGAAAAUGUCAUCUGAAGAUCUUUGUACAAGCCAUUUCCACACUUCUUAAGACUUUUCUAUCUAACUCUUCUCAAUGUAUGGUUUGAUAUGAAAUAUCUGUUCAACAAAAAUUUUUCUUUUAUAGAUGUAAUAAAGUCCUAUAUAUAUA